GUUGCCGUGGAAACCAGCCGAGCGGGCGUCUGUGUGGAAUCCGCGGAACCGCCAGCGUCUCUGCCGGGGGUCGAGGGGGACUGGGGGCUCAGGCAUGGAGCUGCCAGACCCUGUGCGCCAGCGCCUGGGAAACUUCAGCCGGACGGUGUUCAGCGACUCCAGCCGGACGGAGCCGGAGCACCAUGAGGGUCCCGAUAAUGAAAUGGUCUCCAGUUUGGCACUGCAGAUGUCACUUUACUUUAACACUUACUUCUUCCCACUUUGGUGGGUGAGCUGCCUUAUGAUGCUUCACAUGAAGUAUUCAGUCUUGCCUGAUUACUACAAAUUCAUUGUGAUCACUGUUAUCAUCCUAAUCACCUUAAUUGAAGCCAUCCGGUUGUACCUGGGCUACAUGGGCAACCUACAGGAGAAGGUUCCAGAGUUGGCUGGCUUUUGGCUUUUGAGCCUUCUACUACAGCUGCCUUUAAUUCUGUUCUUGCUCUUAAAUGAAGGCCUAACAAAUCUGCCCUUGGAAAAAGCAAUACAUAUCAUCUUCACUAUUUUCCUCACUUUCCAAGUUAUUUCUGCAUUUCUUACCUUGAGGAAAAUGGUCAAUCAGUUGGCAGUUCGUUUCCAUCUCCAGGACUUUGACCAGCUCUCUGCAAACAGGGGAGACAUGAGAAGGAUAAGGUCAUGUGUAGAAGAGAUAUGAUUCAAUGCCCUUGGGUGAAAAUCUGAAAGAUGAUUGUAGAAGACUGCAAGAGCUAGGAAAACAUCAGGGAUCCAGUGUAAGAAAAGAGACAAAGCAAUUAUUUUGAGAUUAUGCUUUCUAGCUCUGAAAUUCCCAGGUUGCACAAUGGUAAGGCUUCAUAUGGCUUGUGAAAGGUGUGAAGUAUUCCUAAAACCUAGAUGUUGUCUGCCUGAUCUUGAAUCUUCUUUUUGAUAUUGUCAACUUUUUCAGGUGUGUAAAAGUCGCAGCUUACUUGUUUUACUGUACUGUACUGAGUUAGAAUCUGUAACUAGACAUGUAUGUAUUUCUUUUAAACUUGUCAGUUAUCCAUAUCUUGGCUGUACACCUGACCAAGUUUCUUGAAGCACACAGAAAUGCUUCCUAGUCCAUAUGCAUGUGUAUUAGACUGUUU